UGUAAAAAUGACGCUCUAUGUGGUACACAAACAGUUAACAGCUUUCGUUCUCUGCAAUGCCCGCCUCCGUAACUCACAUUGCUAAUAUGAUUGGAUUAGCAUUUCUUGAGUCCCGCCACUCUAACUCACAUCACUUUAUGUCUUUACUCGCUACGUGUGAUAGGAUGGUUUCACUUUGUACAACGCGCCAAAGUUCACUCAACAAGACGCGCGUGAUUAUUCGGGCUACAGUACUCCAAAAACUGUGGAGGCCAACACAUACUCAAUGAGGAUUUGUCUCAUGUUGAGUCACCAACAGAUGUUCAACUGUCGAAAAGCUGAACUAGUAAAGAUCCACAAAGUCCCCAAAAAUGUGGAUGCAAAUGGAUUUAAAGACCAUCUACGAACAAUAUUUCCACAGCUAAAAACACAAACUUUUUACCUUUGUAAAUAGAGUUGUAACCCCAGUGGAAUAUUUUACUCCCAAAGCCACUCGUUCAGGUGAAGUGAUGGGACGAUCAGCAGUAUAUAUUCGUUCUGAGCAUGACAUUCACAGUGAUAGUGGCAGUGACAGUGAUAGCAGUCAAGUGGUAGAUUUGGAUCCUGAGGAUGAUAUGUCACAUGAGAUAGACACAUCUGCUCGUGAGGAUACUGAGGAUGAUACAUCACACGUGACCGACUCAUCUGCUUGUGAGGACACUGAGGAUGAUACAUCACACGUGACAGACACAUCUGCUCGUGAGGACACUACCGAGGAUGAUACAUAAGACGUGGCAGACACACGUAACACUGAGGAAAAUAUGGACACAAUGGUUAAUUCUGUUGGGGAGAGUGGUGUAGUUACACAAUCAACCAGACAACAUCAAAUGAUUGUGAAUCAGAGGAUGGCUGAGGCAGAAACAGGUGGUACUUCCUUUUAGUUCCGUUAUUCUGAUGGAAGUUAUCGUAGGAGGGAUUUCCAUCUUGACAGCCCUAUGCAGAGCCUCAUUUCUUUUGCUGGGGCUGUUCCUUCUGCAACAGAUGACUUUAUUUUAACUGCUCCAAGUCUUUUCUUACUACUUAACAGUCAGCAGACUGGAACCAUAAGAGAAAAUGGUUUAUUGGAGUCAACAACCAUAUUUAUUCACUGGAUACAUGGUGGUCAGCCUCCGUCUAGUUCUCCGCGGCCUCCAUCUGGUUCCCUUCCAUCUGGUUCUCCUCCGCGGCCUCCGUCUGGGACUGCUCCGCGGCCUCCGUCUGGUUCUCCUCCGCCGCCUCCGUCUGGGACUGCUCCGCCGCCUCCGUCUGGGACUGCUCCGCCGCCUCCGUCUGGGACUGCUCCGCCGCCUCCGUCUGGGACUCCUCCGCGGCCUCCGUCUGGGACUCCUCCGCGGCCUCCGUCUGGGACUCCUCCGCGGCCUCCGUCUGGGACUCCUCCGCGGCCUCCGUCUGGAUCUCCUCCGCGGCCUCCGUCUGGAUCUCCUCCGCUUCCUAUGUCUGGAUCUCCUCCGCUUCCUAUGUCUGGAUCUCCUCCGCUUCCUAUGUCUGGAUCUCCCCGCUUCCUAUGUCUGGAUCUCCUCCGCGGCCUCCGUCUGGAUCUCCUCCGCGGCCUCCGUCUGGAUCUCCUCCGCGGCCUCCGUCUGGAUCUCCUCCGUCUGGAUCUCUUCCGCUUCCUAUGUCUGGAUCUCCUCCGGGGUCUCCUCUGUGGUAUCCUCCGCAGUCUCCUCUGUGGUCUCCUCCGCGGUCUCUCUUAGGGUCUCCACGGUCUCCAUCACCCAUACCUCCAUGGUCUCCUUCACGCUCUACACUUUCUGAACAUUCUUCUCGGAGUCCUUUGGAUUCCAACAUAAAGGAUGUAUUACGCACUUUGCAUUUAAAUAUUCAUUUUGACGUGGUGCCACCAACAGCAAAUCGAAUUAACGUUGUGAGGACAGUCAUUGUUGAAAGUGCUUUCCGAGCAUUUAAAAGAAAGCAAUUCAAUCCUAAAAUGAGACUUGAUGUUGUGUUCGUUGACACCUUUGGUCUAGGUGAAGGGGCUGUGGACAAUGGUGGACCCUAGGGAUGGCGAAAACGAAAAAUUUUCUUGACCGGCCACCGAGCCUCAUUAGCCAGUUGAAACCGGUUAACCGAUAGGCCUAUUAGUUUAAAAUAUGCUAUGCUAUUUAAAAUAACAGCCAUUUCGAGCCGCGCCUGCAAUUUCGCAACUCGCAUCUCUCUGCGCUCUGCCUCCGGCCCCCACACACACAGAGACCUCACAAUACUUUUUAAAUCCCAUACAGCCCGAAACAUAAGUCCCGCAAAUGCGGCGCCGUGCUUAGUUUCGAAAUAGUUUAGGUACUAGGUGAUCGCGUUGAACUUGAAAAUAAAGUUUGUGAAGCUCAUUUGAAAAUUGCCGCGGCUCAUUUGAUAAAAUGACAGCUCAGAAGAGACUGCGCUUUAGUUUGGGGUAGUAAUAAUAAAGACAUAGGAUGAUCAUCAUCACCUUUUCUGUUACCACUGAAAUAUAGAUGUAAUGUAUUUCCAAAUCUAAACCCAUCUUAUGCGGAAUGUUGCCUAAUAGACUGCAACACGAUAAAACCAAUGGAUUAAACGGACACCUUCAGAAUGUGUAAAAGACGCACCGGCCAAAGCAGGUCUCGCACUGUUUCGGUUCUAGAACAAAUGCAGCAAAGAUAUUUAAAGGUGCUCUAAGCGAAUUGAAGCGUUUUAGACCAUAAAACAUUUUUUGUUACAUACCGGAAACAUCUCCUCACUAUCUGCUUGCUGCCUGUCCGCUGAUCAAACUGUAAAAAAACGCGAUCUCUGUAGACAGCCCAGGCUUAACAAACGGCAAUAUCAACAUACUGGCCAAACCUAGCAUCACAAAACAAAACAAAGUAUUCCAGCCAAUAAACGACAAAAAGGAUUUGGG